CCGGCCGCGGGGCCGCCGGGAGAGCGGAACCGCCAUGGCCGGAACCGGCACCGGGAGCGGCACCGGGAGCGGCACCGGCAGCGGCACCGGGAGCGGGCCCGCGCUGGAAACCGUGCAGGCAGAUGGCACAGAUGGGGACUGUGUCACCUUCGUGCUGCACGACGAGGAUCACACCCUGGGCAACUCCCUGCGCUACAUGGUGAUGAAGAACCCUGACGUGGAGUUCUGUGGCUACUGCAUCACACACCCCUCAGAAAGCAAGAUCAACUUCAGGAUCCAGACCAGAGGAGCCCUUCCUGCUGUGGAGCCAUUCAGGAAAGGGCUGAAUGACCUGAUGGGUGUUUGCCAGCACGUGCUCAACACCUUUGAGAGGAGCAUGAAGGAGUUCAGGGCACAGAAGGAGGAGGAGAUGCAGUAACCUUUGGGAAUGUGUAACCUCUGUGUGUUGAAAGCCCUGUGCCCAAAUUAUUUUUUUUGUUGUUGUUGUUUUUUUUUUUAUGACUUUGUUGCAAAAUGUACUUUCUUGAAUAAUAAAAUGUAUUAAUUUAGAUGCUGCAGAGCUGAUGCUGUGUCCUGCUCAGCACAGGGUCAUAGAACAUGGACACAGAUUGGGAAAUUUGUGGAAAAUGGGCUGGGCUUGAUAUUCCUCAGUCUGUGUUUACCUUGACACCCGUUUGUCUUUAUGAUUUAUUUGUAAAACUUUUACAUUUCAGUGAAAGUUAAGCUAAAAAAUCCACCCCAACACCUGGAAAAUUGCAGUCUCAUCUCUUCUCCCCUUUUCCUCUCUCCAUAUUUGUUUCCAUGACAAGGUAGAAGGGGGAAAAAGGAAAAGAGAAAGAGGGAAAAUAGAGAUGUGGGAAAACCAACAACAACAACAAAAAAAUCAUCAAAAACCUGGUAAAUACAACUUUUUCAUGGAGCUUCCCUGGAAGUUCUGGCAAGAAUGUUGGGAUGGAAUCAGCUGGAAUCACCUGGAUCAGGAUCCUUCCACUGUCCCAGGGUGCUCCAACCUGACCAACCUGGCCUUGAAAAUUGCUGGGAAAUCCCCUGGGGGAUGAAUUAUUGCCAGUAAUAAAUCAGGGAGAGCCUUUUCCCAUAUUUCAGUUGGUUCUGGUGGCUCUUCCAGCUGAGGUUGGACCUUCCCCA